AUGUGCUCCAACAGCAACGUCUGUUUUUUGCUGCAUGUCCGUAGGUUUGUCAGUUUCAUUAACGAGUUGAACAAACCUCGAAUGAAGAUCGCCCCGGCGCAUAAAACACUGACUAAGAUCGGUGUUGCGAAAUGGGUGGUCAGUGCGCGUAAUUUGGCGGUACACGGUCGCAUGCCCGGUCUGACGGCCCUUCGCGAUUCUUUCGAAUCUUGCUGGGACUGGAUACUGAUAUCCGGGUCUACGACGUCGCGUCGAAAGCUUAAACUUCGCUCGUUACACACCUGGCAGCGACUGAUCGUGACAAAACUUCGACGACUGCUGUUGGUUAACAUGCUCACGUUCUUGAACGUCUUCCUGUCAACGUUUUGCUCCCAAGAUGGCAUGCGGCGUUGGAAAGAAAUCGGCGUUGUCCACCUGCACGCGCGGUUGUUUCCGUUGAUGCGCGUCUUGUACGCGAAAUUCUUGAUUCAAGACCUAGUGAUGAUGAUACUGCGGAAAAUGUCGCGAUUUUCGUUACACUCACCGUCCUACAGCGAAAUGAUGACGUGGAUGUGCUCGUGGGUAAAACUUCUGCUUUCAUCACGAUACCUGAAACACGUUGAUGGCAAGGCUGUUCUCGCCGUCGUUCUCGCCGAUCCGGGAAGCUUUCCCGAAGAGAUCACUAAUCUGUACCAAACCGACAUGCACGUGCUAAAACAAGCUGUCAACAUGUUUGUUGGUCGCUUCCCGGAAGACUAUAUCCCGCCAAACGACUUGAACGAAGGCGACAUUCUCAACUACUGCAGUUCGAUGCCAGGCUUCUCGUGUGCGAGUAGUGACUCAACUGAAGAAGAAAGCAUUUGGCAACGAGACGGUAGGAGAAUUGAUUGGAGCGGGAUUCCUUUGGGGCUGAUCAGAAACCAGUGUCCAAAUUCGCUGGACUUGAGGCUCCAUGCCGCCACCAGUACGUCACCCAGCGAUAAUCCAGUCAAUGGAACGUCCCCUACCCGUAGUGUCGAUUCGUCGCAUGACAUAGAAAAUAUCACCUGUGUUUCGUCGACAAGUGCAUAG